AAGGGGGGAGGGGCUACCUCUGCAGCAAAAAUUGAAGUUGUAGAUGGCCGUGUAUAGCUGGGGCUUUGGCAAGUACGGACAACUUGGCAAUGGACUAACAGCUUCAGCCGAAACACCACAAUUCGUAAAACUCCCUAAAUCCUCCCCCCUCCAAAUCUCAUGUGGUGCUCACUUCACUCUGUUACUAUGUGAAAUAGAGGCCAAAGAUGGGACGAAAAAACGACAAAUUUUUGCCUGUGGAUGGGGAAAACACGGUCGAUUAGGCACGGGAUCAGAAGAAGACCACACCCACCCCACGGAAUUAGUCCUGCGGGACACACCGGUGCAAGUGUCUGCUGGUUUCUGGCACGCUGCUUGUAUCACUUCAGAAGGACAACUGUAUGCCUGGGGCUAUAAUCGAUCCCACAAUGUCCUGGGGAUGAUUAAAGAAGCCUCCCCUUUUGAGACUGUCCCUGUUCAAGUGCCGAUAGAGUGCGGAGUUCGAUUCAACCAGGUUGCUUGUGGUUACAACUAUACGUAUGCAAUCGCUUCAGAUGGUUCUUGUUGGUCGUGGGGAACAGGAGCUCAUGGCGUACUGGGACAUGGUGAUACACUUGAGCGAACAUCUCCUACGAAAAUAGACAUUCCCGGUGGCAAUGCAAUCUCAUUCGUCGGCUGUGGCUACUCGCACGUUGCUGUGGUUACCAGUGAUGGAAUGCUAUUAAUGGCCGGAAGAGGGGCGGACGGAGCGCUUGGAUUGGGUGGAAAAUCAGACCGAAAUAAACUCAGUCAUGUGACCGGAUUGGACGGAAUUGCUAUCGCAAAAGCCAGUUGUUCAUUGGGAGAAAGACACGCCCACACACUAGCUUGUACGAUAGAUGGUCACAUCUAUUCGUGGGGCGAUGGUUACAAGGGGAAACUGGGACUAGGAAGUCAGGAGAGCAAAGAGUUGCCGACUAAGAUCAACCCGUCCAGUUUUGGAGGAGAGUGUGUGAUAAGUGUGGUGUGUGGAGGUAUCCAUAGUGCGGCUGUGACCCGUGAGGGGGGCGUGUUCACUUGGGGGUGUGGCAGUGACGGGCGUCUAGGCCACCCGGAGGCCAAAGGUCAUCGUUAUUUGUUUCGUAGUGAUGUGCCGAGACGAGUGGAGGGGUUGCCUAGCAACUGUAUAGCUGUGGAUUGCUCCUACUAUCAUACUGCCGCUCUGAGCUGUGAUAUAUAAUUCAUUAUGUAUGUGAUAUAUAAUUAAUUAAUUGAUCUAAUUAUCUGCUGUACAUAAUUAUUUAUUUACUGUACAUUAUAAUAAUCAUGUCAUGCGCUAAUUAGUUAUACUUUCUGCUUAAAUUUUAAUUUGUUACUGUACGUGAUGAUAAAUUAAUAUAUAAUUUUAUACUUA